GGAUGCAAAUCAUUCACAUUCCAAGCUUUCCUUUCUCUCUUUUUCUUCUUCUUUUGUUUUCAAUCAUAUCGUAUGGGCUUUGUUAGACAAGAAAAAGGACAGAGUAUUACCCUGACUGUCAACACAGGCAAUCUUUUAGAGCUCUCUAACAACAACCAAAGUUCAGUUGUUGCUUCUAGCAAAGUAUCCUCGGUGUCUCCAGCUGUAAAGGCAGGCUUACCUAUCUUUAGCUACUGUAUCGCGAGUAUCGUAAUGACAGUGGCCAACAAGUACGUGGUCAGUGGUGAUUUUAAUAUGGUCUUUCUCUUGCUAACUGUGCAGAGUAUUGUCACUAUUUUGUUUCUUCAAGUAUUCAAGUUUUUAAACUUGAUCAAAUACCGUGAAUAUAGCCAUGAAGAAGCAAAGAAAUGGUACCCAAUUGUUAUCUUCUUGGUUGCCAUGAUUUAUACGGGUUCAAAAGCAUUGCAGUACUUGCCUAUUCCUGUAUAUACUAUUUUUAAAAACUUGACUAUUAUCCUGAUUGCUUAUGGUGAGGUUCUUUGGUUUGGUGGAAGCGUUUCUUCCUUAAUGAUGCUCUCUUUUGCACUCAUGACAUUGUCAUCUGUUAUUGCUGGUUGGAAUGACGUGUUUAAUGCUCUUGACUCAGUGCUCAAUGUUACUUUGGCAGAGGCCAAGAUCAUUGUUGGUUACUUUUGGAUGGCAGUCAAUUGCUUAUCGUCAGCAGCCUUUGUACUUUAUAUGCGCAAGCGUAUCAAGUUGACCAAUUUUAAAGAUUUUGAUACAGUUUAUUAUAACAAUCUUUUAUCCAUCCCACUCUUGCUGUUACCUAGCUUAUUAUUGGAAAACUGGUCUAUUGAAAACUUGGAAUUUAAUUUUCCUCCUGAAGAACGCCAGGCACGUAUUUGGGCAAUGAUAUUCUCGGGAGUAUCAGCAUUCGGCAUGUCUUAUGCAUCUGCCUGGUGUGUUCGUACGACAUCUUCUACAACGUAUUCAAUGGUAGGAUCGCUGAAUAAAUUACCUAUCGCUAUCUCUGGUAUUGUCUUUUUUGGAGACAAGGCAACUUUCGGCAAUGUAACUGCCAUCUUUAUGGGAUUCGUCGCUGGCAUUGUUUACUCUUAUGCAAAGGCAUUUCCAAAAUCGGCGAUCACCGUUACAUCUGCAUCAAGCCAAAGUUACAUGGAUGCUUCCAAAGACAAUGAGAAAUUGCCAUCUUGAAUAAUCAUCGUUUAUUGCAUGUCUAUAUUAUUAUAAUAAAUACAU